AUUAUUCCAGUUGCACUGCUCUGCAUUGCGCAAUCGGUGGGGUUGCUGGCCAGCUUACCAUGCCGGCACUGUGAUUGGCCGAAGCUUGCCUGGUGCAAUUUUGCGGGGGUGCGUUCAGAAUACUGGUGAAUCGGAGUGCGCAACAACGUACCACCUUCACCUGAUCCUCCUAUUUAACAUCUGUUCCCCUGCUAAGAUUCCCCAAUCUCCAACACACGAGCAGUUGCAAACACCAACCAUUAAAAGCAGCUACGCCCUCGCAUCAAUUAUGGCUUCUGCUGCUGGAAUUCCAGAUGUUGUUGCCCAGGAAGGGCUGGGAGAAGACGAACCUCUCCUUGGUCAAGCUGGUGAUGCCUCGCAACAGGAAGGAAGGCCGCUCUAUGUCAACCUCAUUAUUGGCACCGCAGUCAUUGCCCAAGCCGGCAUUGUUCUCCUCACAGCCUCCGUCUGGGCCAGCAUCUUCCUCAGCCCUCUCAUGCUCUUCUCCGCACAUCCUCUCCUCAACUCCGCUGGUAUUCUGGUUCUCACACAGUCGAUUCUCGUCCUCCAACCUACGCACACCGCAGGGCAGAAACGACAAGGAACAAUUGCUCACGCGUGGCUAAACAACUUUGGACUUGACUUCCUCGUGGCAGGCCUGAUCGUUAUUGAAGUGAACAAGUUCAACCACAAUGGCACUCAUUUCGAAUCUCCCCAUGCCAUCCUUGGCCUUACCACCUACAUCCUCCUGGGAAUCCAGACAUUGGUCGGUUUUACCCAGUACUUUACCCCUCAAUUGUAUGGCAGCUUGGAAAGGGCCAAGUCAAUUUACAAGUGGCACCGGAUCAGCGGAUACGUUGUCCUGACCUUCCUUCUGGCUACCGUUGCAGCAGCCACGCAAACGGAUUUCAACAAACAGACUCUGGAUAUCAAGCUCUGGGCUGUACUGAUCUCGGCGGCCCUUGUGCUCAUUGGCGUAUUUCCAAGGAUCAAGAAGCAGAAGCUUGGCCUGGGGCCUAAGGCCAGCGGUGCUUUUGGCCAGUAAGUGGCCUGGUAAAGUAAGGUGAUGCUUCUAGAAGGAAGCAAUAGGGGCACAUCCUCGGAUCAAGGAUGACCAGAAAUACAACCCCGAGGCAUAGCACGUACACAAAGCGGCGUAGGCUUUUUGGAGCAUUCAGGACAUUAAGAGAUAUGAUAAUGGGGUUGAAAGAAAAUGAGGCACUGUUCAGAUUGUCAUAUGCACGGCGUGGGAGUUAAUUGAAGAAAUCAAAGCUUUAUUAAUCAUUGAAGCCCCCCUUCACAAUUAUCAAGGCUCCAAUAUCCUAAGUGUUGCUGCUUUGGCUCACCAAGUGGUUUGUGCUGGAUUUGUACAGCAAGGACCGGAUUCUUGGAAGGAGCGAACAGUCACAACCCUACAUGUUCACCUUUGCACAAAUCUUUGGGCUGGGCUUCAUUUCUUUCUCUUCCAAUUUCGACAGACUAUUCGAAGAAAUGAUUUGCUUCAUCACCG